AUGUGUGACAUUCAGCACAGACCAGAAAGAGAGCAGGGAAACCAGCCAGGGGAGAAAGUGGGUAAAUGUAUUUCCUGUCAGGAAACUCAGAAGGACCUCAAGGAAACCACAACACAGCAGGAAAUCCUGAGCGGAAAGAGAAAAAAGCACGUAUGUGAUUACUCCAUCCUUAUAAAGCAUCAGAGAAUCCACACAGGGAAGAGGCCCUAUGAAUGCAGUGAGUGCGGGAAAAUCUUCAGUUGCAGUUCGCACCUUAUUAGGCAUCGGAGAAUCCACACAGGGGAGAGGCCCUAUCAAUGCAGUGAGUGUGGGAAAAGCUUCACUAGCAGCUCAAACCUUUUUACCCAUCGGAUAAUCCACACAGGAGAGAGGCCUUAUCAAUGCAGUGAGUGUGGGAAAACCUUCAAUCACAGCUCAAACCUUUUUACCCAUCAGAGAAUCCACACAGGACAGAGACCCUACAUGUGCUCUGAGUGUGGGAAAAGCUUCAGUCGGAGCUCACACCUUACCUCACAUCACAUAAUCCACACAGGUGAGAAACCUUAUGGAUGCUCUGAGUGCGGGAAACGCUUCAGUUGGCGCUCACAUCUUAUCAGACAUCAGAGAAUCCACACAGGAGAGAUGCCCUGCACAUGCUCUGAGUGUGGGAAAAGCUUUAAUUGGCACUCACAGCUUAUCACACAUCGUAGAAUCCACACAGGAGAGACGCCCUACACGUGCUCUGAGUGCGGGAAACACUUCAGUCGGGGCUCAAGCCUUAUCACACAUUUGAGAAUCCACACAGGAGAAAUGCCCUACACAUGUGCCGAGUGCGGGAAAAGCUUCAAUCAGAACUCGCACCUUAUCACACAUCAGAGAAUCCACACAGGAGAGACGCCCUACACAUGCUCCGAGUGCGGGAAAAGCUUCAGUCAGAGCUCUAGCCUGAGCAGACAUCAGAGAAUCCACACAGGAGAGAGACCCUACACAUGCUCUGAGUGUGGGAAAACCUUCAUUGAGCGCUCAGACCUUGUCAGACAUCGCAGAAUCCACAGUGGAGAGAGACCCUACAAGUGCUCUGCAUUUGGGAAAAGCUUCAAUCAGAGCUCAGCCCUUUCUGUUCAUCAGAGAAUCCACACAGGGGAGAGGCCCUAUGAAUGCAGUGAGUGUGGGAAAAGCUUCAUUAGCUGUUCAGGCCUUUGUAAACAUCAGAGAAUCCACACAGGGGAGAGGCCCUUUUAUUGCAGUGAGUGUGGGAAAACCUUCACUUUCAGCUCAGCCCUUUCUAUUCAUCAGAGAAUCCACACAGGGGAGAGGCCCUUUUAUUGCAGUGAGUGUGGGAAAACCUUCACUUGCAGCUCAGCCCUUUCUAAACAUCAGAGAAUCCACACAGGGGAGAGGCAGCCCUAUGAAUGCAGUGAGUGUGGGAAAAGCUUCAUUAGCCGUUCAGGCCUUUCUAAACAUCAGAGAAUCCACACAGGGGAGAGGCAGCCCUAUGAAUGCCGUGAGUGUGGGAAAACCUUCAGUCGCAGUUCAGGCCUUUCUAAACAUCAGAGAAUCCACACAGGGGAGAGGCUCUUUGAUUGCAGUGAGUGUGGGAAAACCUUCACUUGCAGCUCAGCCCUUUCUAUUCAUCAGAGAAUCCACACAGGGGAGAGGCCCUAUGAAUGCCGUGAGUGUGGGAAAAGCUUCAUUAGCAGUUCAGGACUUUCUAAACAUCAGAGAAUCCACACAGGGGAGAGGCCCUUUUAUUGCAGUGAGUGUGGAAAAACCUUCACUUGCAGCUCAGCCUUUUCUGUUCAUCAGAGAAUCCACACAGGGGAGAGGCCCUAUGAAUGUCAUGAGUGUGGGAAAAGCUUUAUUACCAGCUCACACCUUUCUAAACAUCAGAUAAUCCACACAGGGAAGAGGCCCUAUGAAUGUCAUGAGUGUGGGAAAAGCUUCAAUUACAGAUCAAUCCUUUCUCGACAUCAGAGAAUCCACACAGGGGAGAGGCCCUAUGAAUGCAGUGAGUGUGGGAAAACCUUUAUUACCAGCUCAGACCUUAUUAGGCAUCAGAGAAUCCACACAGGGAAGAGGCCCUAUGAAUGCAGUGAGUGCGGGAAAAACUUGACUAGCAGCUCAGGCCUUUCUAAACAUCACAAAAUCCACACCGGUGAGAGACCUUAUAAAUGCAGUGAGUGUGGGAAAACCUUCAAUCACAGCUCACACCUUCUUACCCAUCUCAGAAUCCACACAGGGAAGAGGCCCUAUGAAUGCAGUGAGUGUGGAAAAUGCUUCCCUAGCAGCUCAGGCCUUUCUCAACAUCAGAGAAUCCACACAGGGGAGAGGCCCUAUGAAUGCAGUGAGUGUGGGAAAACCUUCAGUCGCAGUUCACACCUUAUUAGGCAUCAGAGAAUCCACACAGGGGAGAGGCCCUAUGAAUGCAGUGAGUGUGGUAAAUGCUUCACUAGCAGCUCAGGCCUUUAUCAACAUCAGAGAAUCCACACAGGGGAGAGGCCCUAUGAAUGCAGUGAGUGUGGAAAAUGCUUCACUGACAGCUCAGCCCUUUCUCAACAUCAGAGAAUCCACACAGGGAAGAGGCCCUAUGAAUGCAGUGAGUGUGGGAAAACCUUCAGUCACAGUUCACACCUUAUUAGGCAUCAGAGAAUCCACACAGGGGAGAGGCCCUAUGAAUGCAGUGAAUGUGGGAAAAACUUCACUAGCAGCUCAAACCUUCUUACCCAUCAGAAAAUCCACACAGGGGAGAGGCCCUAUGAAUGCAGUGAGUGUGGGAAAAACUUCACUAGCAGCUCAAACCUUCUUGUCCAUCAGAGAAUCCACACAGGGGAGAGGCCCUAUGAAUGCAGUGAGUGUGGAAAAUGCUUCACUGACAGCUCAUCCCUUUCUCGACAUCAGAGAAUCCACACAGGGGAGAGGCCCUAUGAAUGCAGUGAGUGUGGGAAAACCUUCAGUCGCAGCUCAAACCUUCUUACCCAUCAGAGAAUCCACACAGGGGAGAGGCCCUAUGAAUGCAGUGUGUGUGGAAAAUGCUUCACUUGCAGCUCAGGCCUUUAUCAACAUCGGAGAAUCCACACAGGGGAGAGGCCCUAUGAAUGCACUGAGUGUGGAAAAUGCUUCACUGACAGCUCAGCCCUUUCUCAACAUCAGAGAAUCCACACAGGGGAGAGGCCCUAUGAAUGCAGUCAGUGUGGGAAAACCUUCAGUCGCAGUUCACACCUGCUUAUCCAUCAGAGAAUCCACACAGGGGAGAGGCCCUAUGAAUGCAGUGAGUGCGGGAAAACCUUCUUGGAUAGCUCAAACCUUAUCAGACAUAGGAGAAUCCACAUUGGUGAGAAACCUUAUGGAUGCCAUGAGUGCGGGAAAAGCUUUAGUCUGCACUCAUCCGUUAUCAGACAUAGGAGAAUCCACACUGGAGAGAAACCUUACACAUGCUCGGAGUGCGGGAAACGCUUCAAUCAGCGCUCGAGCCUUAUCAGACAUCGGAGAACGCACACGGGGGAGACGCCCCACACGUGCGUCGAGUGUGGGAAAAGCUUUGAUCGGCGCUCAAACCUUAUCAGACAUUGUAGAAUCCACACCGGUGAGAUGCCCCACACGUGCACUGAGUGUGGGAAAAGCUUCAAUAGAAGCUCAAACCUUAUCACACACCAGAGAAUCCACACAGGGGAGAAGCCCUACACAUGCGCUGAGUGUGGGAGAAGCUUCAAUCGGCACUCACACCUCAUUACACAUCGCAGAAUCCACACGGGAGAGACGCGCUACAUAUGCUCGGAGUGUGGGAAAAGCUUCAGUGACAUCUCUGCCCUGAUCACCCAUCAGAGAAUCCACAACGGAGAGACGCCCUACACAUGCUCUGAGUGCGGGAAAAGCUUCAGCUGGAGCUCAUACCUGAUCAGACAUGAGAGAAUCCACACGGGGGAGAAGCCCUACACGUGCUCUGAGUGUGGGAAAAGCUUCAGCCAGAGUUCUGGGCUGCAGGGGCAUCACAGAAUCCACACAGGGAAGAGGCCCUAUGAAUGCAGUGAGUGCGGGAAAACCUUCAGUCGCAGUUCACACCUUAUUAGGCAUCAGAGAAUCCACACAGGGGAGAGGCCCUAUGAAUGCAGUGAGUGUGGUAAAUGCUUCACUAGCAGCUCAGGCCUUUAUCAACAUCAGAGAAUCCACACAGGGGAGAGGCCCUAUGAAUGCAGUGAGUGUGGAAAAUGCUUCACUGACAGCUCAGCCCUUUCUCAACAUCAGAGAAUCCACACAGGGAAGAGGCCCUAUGAAUGCAGUGAGUGUGGGAAAACCUUCAGUCGCAGUUCACACCUUAUUAGGCAUCAGAGAAUCCACACAGGGGAGAGGCCCUAUGAAUGCAGUGAUUGUGGUAAAUUCUUCACUAGCAGCUCAAACCUUUUUACCCAUCAGAUAAUCCACACAGGGGAGAGGCCCUAUGAAUGCAGUGAGUGUGGGAAAAACUUCACUAGCAGCUCAAACCUUCUUGUCCAUCAGAGAAUCCACACAGGGGAGAGGCCCUAUGAAUGCAGUGAGUGUGGAAAAUGCUUCACUGACAGCUCAUCCCUUUCUCGACAUCAGAGAAUCCACACAGGGGAGAGGCCCUAUGAAUGCAGUGAGUGUGGGAAAACCUUCAGUCGCAGCUCAAACCUUCUUACCCAUCAGAGAAUCCACACAGGGGAGAGGCCCUAUGAAUGCAGUGUGUGUGGAAAAUGCUUCACUUGCAGCUCAGGCCUUUAUCAACAUCGGAGAAUCCACACAGGGGAGAGGCCCUAUGAAUGCAUUGAGUGUGGAAAAUGCUUCACUGACAGCUCAGCCCUUUCUCAACAUCAGAGAAUCCACACAGGGGAGAGGCCCUAUGAAUGCAGUCAGUGUGGGAAAACCUUCAGUCGCAGUUCACACCUGCUUACCCAUCAGAGACUCUACACA